AUGGAAUCGAAGCUCCUGCUGGAAUCUAUAGCAAACGCCGCGAAGAUAGUGAUUGAAGGAGACCAUCAACAGCGGAGCUACCUCGACAGAUUUAAAAAGCCAAAGUAUGGGCCUCGGCGCGCACUCGGAGACAUGAUCGAAAAUUGCCAAACAAAUAGCGAGGCCGAUGAACGACUCGACGUUAACUUCAGUUCAUUAACACGAACGCGUAUCUCUUCAUUUGUAAAUCGAUAUGACAGGAUCCAAAUCAGUGAAAAUAAGCAAAUUUCGAGAGCAAUUAAUUUAAGGGGGCCGAACUACCCUAGAACUCCGACAAAUGUGGCGAAUGCGACAGCGAGGCUU